CACAGCUUGGCGCGGGCGGUGGCGCGGGCGGUUAAGCGGGGGGCUGCAGCAGCGCAAGGAACUAGUGUAUAUGAUGAUGAGGAUAAUUUUUUAGCGUUGAUCUUAAAAGAUAAAUUAGAAGGAACAGAAUGCCAAAAAAAGUUAAAAGAGUAUUGUGAAAACUUAAAAGAAACAGAUAAAGAGUUAAAUAAAGUCUAUCCAAAACUAAAAGAUAUCUGCAAGGAUAAAGACAAGAAAUGCACAGAUCUAAAAGCUAAAAUUACAGGAAAAACAGGAAAAUGUACAACACUUAAAACAACUUUGGAUACGAUAGUGAAAAACUCAUUGCCAUCAGAUGAUGAUUGUAAAGAGAAUGAACGACAAUGCCUAUUUUUGGAGGGAGCGUGUCCUGGUGAUCUUACAGAGAAUUGCAAUAAAUUAAGGAAUAAGUGUUAUCAAAAAAAGCGAGAUGAAGUGGCAGAAAAAGUCAUUUUAAGAACACUUCGUGGGACUCUUGAAGAUAAAAAUGGAUGUAAAAAAGAACUUAAAAAAAUUUGUCUAGAAUUAGCUCAGGAAAGUAACGAAUUAAUGAAAUUAUGUCUUUAUCAAGAAUCAACGUGUGAAAAAUUUGUAUCAAAAAGAAAAGAAAAAUGUAAUGCUCUUAAACAAGAUGUUGAGAAAGCACUCAAUAACAAAAAUGAUUUGGAAGGAAAAUGUCUAUUAUUACUUGAACGAUGCUAUUUUUACAGAGGAGACUGCAAAGAUAUACAAAAGUGCGAUAAAUCUUCCAAAUCAGUUUGUAUAGGAUAUGUACCAGAUUGUGAUGAUUUGGGAGUAGAGUGUGAAAAAAAAAACAUCACUUACGUGCCACCAGGACGAGGUUUUGAUCCAACUGAGCCAGAAGUUACAAUAGCAGAAGAUAUAGGAUUAAAAGAGCUUUAUAAAGAAGCGACAGAAAGGGGAGUUUAUAUUGGAAAGUCGUACGCAAGAGAUACAAUUACUUUAUUAGGAUUGUUGAUUCAGGAUGAAAGCUUUAAAACUCAACCGAAUGAAGUAGAAAAAUGCAAAAAAGUUCUUGAAACCAAGUGCAAAGAGUUAAAAGAACAUGAGGUUUUAGGAUAUCUUUGUAAUAAAGAUGUGGCUAGUAAAAAUGGAACUGAUGAAUGUAACGCAUUAGGAGAGGAAUUAUCAAAGCGUAGGUUAAUUGUUUCUGAAAAAAUAAAAAAUAAACAUCUCUUUAAAUCCAGAAAGAUCAUUCCAUGGUAUAACUUGUCGACAUUUCUUAGUAACAGUGACUGUGCAAGGCUAGAGUCAGACUGUUUUUAUUUUGCUCAAGAUCAAAGUCCUCUUAACAAAGAAUGUGAUAACUUGAAAGCAGCAUGUUAUAAAAGAGGGCUUGAUGCACGGGCAAAUAAAGUAUUGCAGAAAGAGAUGUAUGGAUUAUUCUAUGGUUCAGGAGAAGCUUGGUUUAAGAAAUUAUUAGAUAAGGUGAUGAAACAAUGCGCAAAACAUAAAACGGCAAGUGAUGAGUUGUUUUUAUUAUGUGUAGAACCACUUAAAGCAGUUCGAAUACUUGCAACAGAUGUUCAAAUGAGAGCUAUCUUUUUACAAGAAGAGUUGGACAAAAGACGAGAUUUUCCAACGAAAAAGGACUGCAAAGAACUGGAAGAAAAAUGUAAAACAUUAGGGAAAGAUUCAAAAAAGAUCGAGUGGCCAUGCCGUACUCUGGAGCAGAAUUGUGAUCGAUUGAGAGCUACGGAAAAAUUAAAGCACUUUUUAUUAAAUGAACACAAAGAUAGCUUAAAAACUCCGGACAAUUGUAUACAGUAUUUGAAUAAAAAAUGUCAUGAGUGGCCUAGAAAGGGUAAUAAUCAUUUUUCUCUUGUAUGUGUUUUUCUGGAAAGCACAUGCAAAAUAAUAGUAGAAGAUAUAAAAGAUCGAUGCAAAAUACUCGAAAAUAAUAUAAAAAUUUCAAAUGUCACAGGUUUUCUUGAAGAUAAUCGAAAGAAUAUAGAAUUAUUGGGAAGAGACUGUCCCUUUUGGAAUUCAUACUGUAAUAGAUUUUCACCUAAUUGCCUCGAUUUUAAAGAAGGAGCUGCUUUUUGCAUAAAGCUUAAGGACUAUUGUAAGCCAUUCUAUGAGAGAAAACUCUUGGAGGAUGCUCUUAAGGUAGAGCUUCGAGGGAAAUUGAAUGAUGAAGAAAAAUGUAAUCCUGAGUUAAAAAGAUAUUGUACAGUUUUGAAAAACGUAAAUAAUGCGUCAAUCAAUGGUUUAUGUAAAAAUGAUACUGAUAGCAAACCUAAAAAUGAUGAAGAUGUUAGAAAGAAACUUUGCAAAAAAUUAGUAAAGGAAAUAGAAGAACAGUGCAAAACAUUACCAGCAGAAUUAAAACAACCGGCAGAUGAUUUAGAAAAAGAUUCUAAGACAUAUGAGAAACUUAAGAAAGAGGCAAAGGACGCAAUGAACAACUCCAAUCUUAUUUUAUCACUCGUUAAGAAAAACGAAAGUAAUAUAUCGAAAAAUAAUAGUAAGAGCAAGGAUAAGAAAAAUGUCGUUUCAAACGGACUUCAAGAUACCACAGAACAUGUGAAAAUACUACGGAGAGGAGUUAAGGAUGUAUCCGUAACAGAAUCGGAAGCUAAGGCAUUUGAUUUGGUAGCAGAAGUAUUUGGAAGAUAUCUAGACUUGAAAGAAAGAUGUAAUAAAUUGGAAUCAGAUUGCGGAAUUAAGAAAGAUUGCAAAGCCUUAGAAAAUGUGUGUGAAAAGAUACAAGAAGUAUGUUCGAAACUAAAACCACUGAAAGUGAAGCCGCACGAAAUAGUCACAGAAAGCACAACAACGACCACGACGACCACAACAACCGUUACCGAUCCGAAGGCAACAGAAUGCAAAUCCCUACAGACGACAGAUACAUGGGUUACACAGACAUCGACACACACGAGUACAUCUACCAUCACAUCUACGAUUACAUCAAAAAUAACACUCACAUCAACGAGGCGUUGCAAACCAACCAAGUGUACGACAGGGGAUGAUGCAGAGGACGUGAAACCGAAUGAGGGAUUGAAGAUGAGUGGGUGGAGCGUGAUGAGGGGGGUGAUAUUAGCAAUGAUGAUUUCAAUAAUGAUUUAA